AUGACGUGCUUUCCUAAAUACCUCAAAUCCAUUCUUAACUACGACCUGUCAGAGUGUGUGUGGGUGAGCGUGAUUGUGUCUAAGUAUAUUUGUCUGUUCGUGCCUUCAGCUCUGACUCUUGCUGUGUGUUUCUUCGACGAGUCACGGACUGUUGCAGUAUCACUGCUGGUGGCGGCCGUCGGCAUUAGUGGCUUCACAAUGGCGGGCUACAGUGUCAACCACCUGGACAUCGCCCCGGCGUUUGCAGGAACCUUGUUUGGGAUCACCAAUACAAUCGGGACGACCACCGGCUUCAUCGGGCCGGUGAUACUUGGCGCUCUAACUAAACAUCAGAACUCGCCGCAGCACUGGAAUACAUUCUUCUACAUCACCUCAGGGAUCUUCUUCACCGGAGGUUUGCUGUUUCUACUGUUUGCCCAGGGAGAGAUCCAAGACUGGACCUCUGCAACACUUGACUGCUCAAUUCAAGACUUAGACGGCCACCACAGCAAACCUGUUUGUACAGAUUUGGAAAACACAACAGGCUAUACAAAAACAAAGACAUCAGUGAAAAGUACUGGACCCAAUGAUACGCCUUGA